GCGUUGCUGUGGCUUCGUCGCAUUCACGUCUUGUCAUGGCUGCCAUAGCACUGGUACAGGGUGCGAGUAGGGGUCUGGGACUCGAAUUUUGCAGAAAUAUCUUAAUAAACAAAGCCCCAGGAGCAUUGAUCGCGACAUGCAGAAAUCCGGACAAUGCCGCGGAGUUGAUGAGCUUAGUUGCGCAACAUCCGGGGAAAAUGACCGUUCUGAAAUUGGACGUAAACAGAGAAGAUGAUAUCCAACGCGCGGCUGAACAUGUUAAAAAGGUAUUCGGCAAAGUUGACCUGAUCAUCAACUCCUCAGCGAUGCUUCAUCCCUCUGGCAAAGGUGAGACCAGCCUGAAGGAUGUUUCUGCACAGGGAAUAAUCUCAACAUUGACAACAAACACUGUGGGACCAUUGGUGAUGGCCAAGUACUUCGCUCCGCUAUUGCAGAAGGGUAGUGGUGCAUUUGGCCAGCAGCCGCCAGAGAAAACCAAACGGCAUAGUGGGAUCAUUGUCAACAUCACUGCAAAAGUGGGAUCCAUUGGUGAUAACGGUCUUGGCGGGUGGUACAGCUAUAGGAUGUCCAAAGCAGCACUCAACAUGGCCACGCGGAACCUGUCCAUUGAACUGGGGAGGAGCAGACCCAGAGUGGUGUGUGUGUCCAUGCAUCCCGGCACAGUGAAUACAGAUUUGUCUCGUCCCUAUCACAAGAAUGUGCCCAAGGACAAGCUCUUCAGCACGAGCCACUCCGUGCACUGCCUCAUGAGCAUUAUAGAUAGCCUGAAUAUUGACAAAACGGGGAAAGCAUACAACUGGAAUGGUUCAGAACUGCCCUGGUGAAAAAUAACAACACUACACAUAUUCCUCGACAAAGCUUACCAACCUCAGUCAACUCAGGUUUUAUCUUAUAUUCUGACCGACUGUACCAACUGUUAAAUAAAGGUUAAAUUUUAAAAAUCAAAAUAAACUGUACCAAAAAUAAUGAGUUUCUGCGUAUGGGGCUUUCGAUGAAUGAUGGUGGUAUAUUGUGUCCUAGAAGCUGGCAUGAGAAAAUAGAUACUUUAGUGUUCUUGUUUUACUCAUAUUAAAAUGGAAUUAUCUGUGUAAGAUUGUUGGUAAAAGAGUGACAGUUAAAACAGACACCUUCCUUCAAAUAGAGCAUGAAAAGUUUGGGGCUUUUUUUUGUUUGUUUUGAAACAACGAAAGCAAUAAAGAUAAAUGUUAAAGAGUAA